AUGUACACAGUCCUUUUUCUGACCUGGCUUGUGAUUGGAGGCUGUUUGCUUCGGAUUAUAACCUCCAGGACCCCUCUGUCGGUUACAGCCUGUUUCUAUUAUUCUUAAUGAAACUUAAGGCACCUGCAGUGGGGUGUGAGAAAAAGUAAGAGACCUGCAUUUUCUCWUCUACAGGUACCAGAAGCAGAAGGCCAAUAGCAAUCCAGCCACCUGAGUAGGCCCAAAGCUGGCAUCUGCCCAUGUGUCCCUUCGGAUAGACUAUUCACCACCAUGAAGGAUCUUCUUCAGUAUGUCGCCUGUUUCUUUGCCUUUUUCUCCACUGGAUUUUUGAUUGUGGCCACCUGGACAGACUGUUGGAUGGUGAAUGCUGAUGACUCUCUGGAGGUGAGCACAAAGUGCCGAGGCCUCUGGUGGGAGUGUGUCACAAAUGCCUUCGACGGGAUUCGCACCUGUGAUGAGUAUGACUCUAUAUAUGCAGAGCACCCCUUGAAGCUGGUGGUCACUCGAGCAUUGAUGAUUACUGCAGACAUCCUAGCUGGAUUUGGAUUUGUCACCCUGCUCCUUGGUCUUGACUGUGUGAAAUUCCUCCCUGAUGAGCCAUAUGUUAAAAUGCGCAUCUGCUUUGUUGCUGGAACAACAUUACUAAUAGCAGGUGCUCCAGGAAUCAUUGGCUCUGUGUGGUAUGCUGUUGAUGUUUAUGUGGAACGUUCUUCUCUGAUUUUGCACAAUAUAUUCCUUGGUAUCCAAUAUAAAUUUGGUUGGUCCUGUUGGCUUGGAAUGGCUGGGUCUCUGGGCUGCUUUUUAGCUGGAGCUGUCCUCACCUGCUGCCUAUACCUCUUUAAAGAUGUUGGGCCUGAGAGAAACUAUCCUUAUUCCAUGAGGAAACCCUAUUCAACGGCAGGUGUUUCCUUGGCCAAGUCUUAUGGGGCCCCUCGGACAGAGACUGCCAAAAUGUAUGCUGUGGACACAAGAGUGUAA